AUGCCUAGGGUUAAGCCAGGGAAGAUCAAGGUCCAUGUUGAGGAUGAGAAUGUGCUUGUGAUUAGUGGUGAGAGAAAGAGAGAUGAAGAAGAGGAGGAUAGGAAGUACCUGCAGAUGGAGAGAAGGGCUGGCAAGUUCAUGAGAAACCGGGUUCCUUCGAAUCAAAAGAACUCAUCAGUGAACUUGAGAGCAGCAGUAGGGGAAGAAGAGGAGGAGCAGAAGACCGAGAUGGAGGCUAUUGGAGAGGUGGAUAAUGGAGGCGGAGAAGGAGAGAGAAACUCAAUGGGAAUUUUGGAGACCUAA